AUGCGCAUCGCAACGCUUCAAUUCGCCCCCAAGUUGGGUGAUCUUAAUGGCAAUAUCAGACGAGCCAAUGAGAUCCUCGAUCGCGGCAAGGUUCUUACGUCUGGAUUUAGUGGCGCGGUGAAAUCUAUAGCUAUCGAAACAGAAAGGCUAAGACCUGAUAUUUUGGUGCUGCCUGAGCUAGCAUUGACAGGUUACAAUUUCCCGUCACUGGAGGCUAUAAAACCACACCUAGAGCCUGCAGGCACAGGCCCGAGUGCUGAUUGGGCGCGACAGACUGCAAAACGCCUAAACUGCAAAGUCUGUGUUGGGUAUCCAGAGAUUGAGACCAAUGCAAAUGACGACACAGAAGCACCGAAAUACUACAAUUCCCUUAUUGUUGUCAACGAGGACGGCGAAGUAAUCCACAACUACCGGAAAUGCUUCCUGUAUUUCACCGACGAUAUUUGGGCAGCAGAGGGUAACGUGGAGCGGGGGUUCCAUGAGCUUGAGUUCCGUUCGCGGGAUGCACAGCGUAAACCCGGUGCUGCAACAGAUCUCGUGGGUGAUAUUUGCCGAGGAGACAGUGCCAGUGGCGAGGGGGAUAAUGUACGUGCAGGAACAAGCGCUCCUUCUGUACAGGAAUCAAGAUCAGAACACAAGAAAGUGGCAACAUCAUUCGGGAUCUGCAUGGACAUCAACCCUUACAAAUUCGAAGCACCCUACUCAGCGUUUGAGUUCGCCUCGCGUAUCAUGGACUCUCGAUCGCAGCUCGUGAUUCUCUCCAUGGCCUGGCUAACCAUGCACAGCCGCGACGCCUUGGCCGCUUUGAACAAGGACCCAGACAUGGAUACGUUUAGUUACUGGCUACAGCGGUUCAUGCCGCUGUUGGAGAAAGAGAUGCAGCAUGCACAGAAUCUAGAUGGUGAGCAUGAUGUGGAGACGACGGCUGCUGGUUCGCUGAAUUCAAAGCCGAAAGAGAAACAGGUGGUCAUUGUCUUUGCUAAUCGUGCAGGCGAGGAGCCGGCGGCAGAUGAUACUAAGCCGCCGGCGCUCUAUGCGGGGACCAGCGCCGUUGUUGCAGUGACGCAGCGGGCCGGGUCGGGGUCACGGGAGGGAGCACAGGCGGGGGCUCAGAUGGAUGUCAAAAUUCUAUGCUGGGAUCAACUAGGGGCGCAGGAGGAGGGCAUUUGUUUCGCGGAUACUACGGCAGAUCCGAAAAUGGUUUUUGGGCUUCGUAGUGCGGAGUGA